AUGUCUCUCGUUGACACUGUUGGCUUUGUAUCCGGUAUCUUUACCAUCGUCGGCUUCUUUCAAACCAACUUCCCGGGCAGUGCUCCAGAGGGUGCCAAAGUCCAGAUCAAAGCAGGCUUAGGGGAUGACAACAGCAGCGAGCUCGGAGGGCAAGUCCAAGCCGUGUAUGGAUUUGACACUGGGAACAAUUUCAUUGGCGAAUCUGGAAGUGGCAGCAUGUCCGAUGGCGGCAUCACAGAGCUCACGAUCGACCAAGACACGCCAGGUAUUCAAGCCGACUACCUUGCCGGGCGUCUUGAGGAUGAUUCGGAGUUCAGGCCCAAGUGUGCAUGGCUCGAUGGUGACCAUACCAACGACAUCACAAAUGCAGCUCUCAAGUUCCGCGUCAGGGCCUAUGGCGAGGAGGCAGAGGACACUGUCAACAACGACCAGGCGUGUGGAUCAACGCUCUUCUUUACUGAGACUGGGCCCAUCAGCGGACAACCAGCCAAGCGCGACACAUCUGUUCGCAAAGCUUGGAUGGAAGACACGAUCAUCAUAUCCAACUUCACCGAUCACAGUGCUGAGGGGCUUUGCAAUUCUGACAGCUCCUGCGGCCCUGACUUUGUUGGCCCAGAUGGCAAGUUUUGUGAUAUGGCAACGAAGACUCUAAGUCCUCUCUGCUCUACAGCCAACGUGGACGGGUGUGUUGGCGUUGAUGCUGAGUCGACGACAGUGACCAAGCGCUCCACGGUUGCUCGUCGCAGCGUCAAUACGGUGCACAAGAGCUAUGGCAGAGUCUCGCAGUGGGACAACUAG